UCUUAUCAACGCAAAACAUUUAACAUUUUUAAAACUCGUUUUUCUGGCAUUCUGUUUCUUGAUGAGCAUUCGCGCAUACUUCUACUGAAACAGUUUAUUCUUUGGCUUUUCAAAACCGUCAUAGACUGAAGCCAGCACUGAAUUCAACGCGUCAUUGACAAUGUAUCGACCAAGUUUUGCAUUUUGGUACUGCGUGUUUCUGCUGUUAAUUACAUCCUCUGGAAAAAGCAAAGAAAAUUGGAACAAUUUCACAAACGGCGAUGAAUGGAGUGACAAUUCAACGAUGCCAUACAAAUUUAACGCAAAUUCUAUGAGAAAUCAAGGCAACCAGACAACAUUAACCAAACAGUAUUAUAAUUUGCGCGAAAAUUCUGUGAAAAAUGAAAGUGAAAUUAAUUCUAUGCAUGUACGUGAUGGAAAUUCCAAAAAGGAUGACGACCAUAAUAUCGUUCUGUAUGAAAUGUGUAACGACACUUGCAUACAACAUUGCUGUUAUUUAGUUUUAGACAACUGCAAUGCAAAGAAGAUGGAGAUUUUUGCGAAAUACAAUCCUAAAUUGACGCUGGAUGACUUUCUUGGCCAAUAUUCAUAUAUAUAUAUUAAUUAUUCAUGCGAAGAAAAGAAGAUUCCAUUUGACAUUAUGAAUAAUGAAAACACGAUGUUUUUCGACAACAGCUCUUUAAACUUAUCACGUCACGAUAGAUUUAUUUCGUUGAUGUCUAAGUGCUUCAAUAUUUCGCGUCACAAUUGGGAAGUCUGCAAUAACAUUCAAAAACCGAUUAAAGAAUCGAGAAAAAUAUAUGUUGACGUUAUUGCUGCAGUUUUUAUAGCAUCUUUGUUGUGUCUUUUGAUGACAUUCAUCGUGUAUUCAAUAUGUUCAGAACUUCAAAAUAUGCACGGAUAUGCAUUGCGUUCACAUGUCGUGUCAUUGUUCGUUGCACACACGAUCUUUCUAAUCGUCGAGAAAGACUACUUUGAAGAAACGUUUCGUGCCUGCGUUGCAGAAUCCUUACUAUACUAUUUCUGUUAUUUGGCGGGUUUGCUGUGGCAAAAUGUGAUAUGUUUCGACAUUUUACGGACAUUUGGAGGAUUUAGUUUGUUGCGAAAAAACGUAAAGCAAUCAAAGAAAAAAAUGUUCCUCAUGAGUUCGUUCUAUGUGUGGGGAAUCGCCAGCAUUUACAUCAUUAUUUGUGCUAUAAUGGACUUUGUUCCCCGUUUAGUGCCGGAUAAUAUGAAACCAAAUAUCUGCAAAAAGACGAAUUUCGGAUUCGCGCAUGACGCACUUGUUGCAUACUUUGACAUACUCAUAAGUGUUAUUAUUAUCUGCAACAUAUGUUUCUUUAUUUUUACGAUGUUAAACAUCAUGCACGUCACAAAAGACACUGACCGUUUUCUAAAAGGUGCAGAAAGCAAACGCCAUACUCAUGAUAAGCAAAGAUUUAUGAUGUAUCUAAAGCUGUUCCUCUUGAUGGAUAUAAACAUGACCCUAAAAUGGACUUUAAGUAUGAUACUUCAAAGCAUUGGGAAGGAAAUGCCAUUCUACGUUCUAAUUAUCAUGGAUACAAUGGAAGGCCUGCAAGGCCUCAUCAUUUUCAUUGUAUUUGUUUGCAAGAGAAGAAUCAUGCGAUUACUGCUGAAACGACUUGGUUGUGAAAACAGUUAUUUGUAUGGCAAAAUAUCAACGAGUAACAACUGUCGUACCACAACUUCGCAUACUUCUUCCACCACAAUGACAGAGCAAGAACUCAGUUCCAACAGGCAGACUAAUUAUCGUGUAAGGAAUUUGUCUGAAGUGACCGAAAACACUACAAUGUAGCAUGAUUUGAUUAACUCUCGUGUUUAACGACACAGAUAUUUCAAACGUAAUUUUAUAUUUUAUUUAUUAAAUGUUAUUUUUAAUUUUUAUUUCUCUAUUUUAAUUGUCAUAUAUAUUAAUUGUUACAUUUGUACUUUGUAAAUCAAAAUACUUAAAUUCUCUAAACACCACAGAGUGCUAUUAUAUUGUAUAUUGUAUGAAGGAAACGUGUUUAAAUUGUACAAUAUAAGCGUAGUAUAAUCGCAACGACUAGCGCGCAAAGAUUAAUUACACAUUUUCGAUCUUCCUGUUUUCCAUUGCUUCCUGCUACAAACGCUACAGAGUAUCGAACGUAUCAGUGUGAUGAUACUUGUGUUAUAUUUUUGUAAUAUAAAAUAUAUAUGACAAAGUACGCGUCAAAUUUCCAUAAUUUUGUA